AUGCAGGUGCCACGUUUGACGCCCCAAGAGGUGGAGGCCCGACGACGGGCGUUCCCCGAUCUCUACAAGUUCCUGGACAAGUUCGAGGGCAUCAACCGCGGGCCGUCGGCCCACGACCAACCAGCGAUGCAGAUGCAGCGGGAGGAGAAGAAGAAGGUGCACAGCAAGCUGGCCCGAUUCGCCGACGAGGAGGAGACUGAAGAAGACGAAGAGAGGUGGGAUGAGUCGGUGCUGUUCGAUGCCCCGCUUGCCACGACGUCCCAGCAACUGAACAUGUCGGCCGAGGAGCACGAGACGCUGUUGGAGGUAAACGAAUUUGCUCGACGCCUCCAUCAGGAAGACGAUACCUACGAGGACGACACCAACGUGCUCCUCUUCCGAAAGCUGGACCAGGAAAAUGAGCUGCUGCGCAUUCAGCACGAACAUGUGCAGAACAUGCCCGAGUUUAUUGGCUUCAACGAAGAGUUCGAGGAAGAAGAGACGCGCAUUCGGCAAGAGUGGAUGGAUGACCCGCGCUCGGUGACGGCGGACCACGUCCAGGAGCUGUACAACAACCUCGAGCAGGCCAGGCAACGGCUCUGGGCUAAAUACACCAAACAAGCUGGCGAGCGAUUCCUGGCCGAGAACUUUGAUGAGCUUGUCAAAGAGAAGCUGAUGAAAAAGGAGGACGACGACCAGGAACUCGACGAGGAAGGGUUGAGGCAGAAGUUGCUGCGCUCGCCCUAUGCCCGCCUGCUGGAUCCCACAUUUCGCAAGUAG